AUGGCUCGCCGCGGACACAGCGCUGAGGGUGGAUAUGCGGAGGAGGAGUUCGACAAGAUAAAACGGCCCCGCCUGGUCGUUCGGGCCCUCAGGUCUCUGCCCCCCAUCGUCAUCUCCACUCUUACCCACCGCGUCGCUAUCCACCUCUCUACCCGCCGCCUGGACAAAAUGGCGAGUGGCGGUCUUGGUCAACCGAUUGUGACCCAAGAGCGGGAAGCUAUGGUCGCCGCUUACAGUCACGACAAAGUCCAGAAGCUCAUCAAACGGCUGGAAGACAAUAUCAAAGAGCAAGACGAAAAGAUCAAGCGACUGGAAGAACAGAUCAAAAGGCAAGGCGAGUAUAUAAAAUGGCAGGCCAACAAGAUCGCCGACCUUGAAUCAGAGGUCGGGAUUUUGAGCACGCACAAUGAAGUCCUCAAGAAAGACAACAUCGACUUGAGGGCCCAGCUAAGGGAUGCCCGCAGCGAGAUUCAUCGUCUCCGCGGCGAGCCCUCCACGCCCCCCACUCCAUCUAGACUUCUCCAUGCUCUCGCUGUGAACCCCCCGAUUAGCCACCCUCACGGCCCACCUUUGAGGCAGUACUCGCUGCCUGUGCCGGGUAUCCAUGGCUCGAACGUGCCCUUUCCCUCCGACUCCGGCCCGAUUCCCCACGCAUCGAGCCCCGCCGCCGUGCCGUCCACCGGCUACCUCCAGCCAAGCGUCCACCAGUACUACCGCGCGCAGUCUCAUACCACUCCGGGACCAUUCAGCGCGCCUUACCACGCGGGGUACGCGGCCUCGCCGAUGUCGGGUCACGCAGUAAUCCCUCCCGUCAUCCCGGACUCGCCGCCUCGUCGUCACCGCGAUCAGCAGCCCGCGGCGUUGAACCAGACUCCCCCAAGUCACGGUCAUACACUUGCUCCCCCCGCACCCUCACGAAUUAGGAAGCUUAGCAAUGAAAUCGUCGACUUCAUCAAGGGGCCGAGCAGGGACAAGGACAAGGGCAGGGACAAGGGCAAGAACCACGACAGGCGUCGGGGGGUUUGA